AUGAAAAAAGGAAUAGCGUUUGAGUGGAUUCCAGCAUGCGAAGAGGCAUUCCACCAUUUCAAAAGAAUAUUGUCGGCACCCCCGGUUCUCGGCAAACCCAAGGACUCUGAGGCGAUGUAUCUGUACCUGGCCGUAGCCGACGAAGCCCUGGCGACCGUCUUAAUACGGGAAGAGGGGAAAACCCAACAGCCGAUAUAUUUUGUUAGCAAAGCACUACAAGGGGCGGAGCUGAAAUACAGUAAGUUGGAAAAGUUAGCGUAUGCGCUAUUAACCUCAUCCCGAAGGCUACGACAAUACUUCCAAGGUCAUCGCGUCGUCGUUAGAACGGACCAAGCGAUACGUCAAGUCUUGCAAAAACCCAACCUGGCUGGACAGAUGAUGACCUGGGCAAUCAAGGCCCAGGCCAUGGCCGACUUCCUCGUGGAGGUCACGGGAGACCUUCACGAAACCCUGGGCACACGGUGGAAACUCCACGUUGACGGAGCCUCCAACCAAACGUCUGGAGGUGGAGGGAUAAUCCUCGAGAGCCCAACGGGGAUAGUAUACGAACAGUCUAUCAAGUUCGAGUUCCUGGUCUCCAACAACCAGGCGGAAUACGAGGCCCUUAUCGGCGGCUUACUAUUGUCAAAAGAAGUGGGGGUAACAAGGGUAGAGGUGAACAGCGACUCUCAGGUCGUCACCUCCCAAAUCAACGGUAUGUAUCAAGCCAAGGACCCCCUGCUACAAAAAUACCUAGAAAAUGUUAAGGGCUUGAGCAAGGACUUUGAAGAGGUCGUGGUACCGCAUGUCCCAAGGGAAAUGAACACACGAGCUGACCUCCUAUCCAAACCCAGGAACGGAAAACCGUUCCUUCAAGGCUUAGUGAAAGAACCAACAGUUGCCCUGUGCGCGAACCAAGCAUACGUUGAUCCCUCAUGGAUCGACCCAAUCAUUGACUUCUUAGAAAGCGGCAAGCUCCCUGACGACCACAAGGCGGCGAAGGCGUUGAGAAGGGAGGCGCCCAAGUACGUAAUAGUGCAAGGCCAGCUAUUUAAGAGAGGACUGAAUCAACCCUUGUUGAAGUGCCUACGACCUGAUCAGAUGGACUACGUCCUUAGGGAAGCCCACGAGGGUUGUUGUGGCCACCAUAUCGGGGGAAAGACCUUAGUCCGGAAGCUCGUGAGGCCGGUUACUUUUGGCCCUCGAUGUUGA